GUGACCUUCAGCAUGUUCAAGACACUGAAGGUCAACACAGGCAUUCUGAUCGACCAGACAUACUGCCCUCCAUCGCAAAGGCCCGAAGGCUGCACCAGCGGUCCGGACGACGCUAUCCGGAUCGAGGACGUCCACUUCCGCGAUUUCUCCGGCAGCUUCCUGCAACAAGACCGCAAGGUGUUGUGCCCGAUGUGUUCAGACAUCACCUACGAGGGCAUAAGCCUGCACCCAGCCGUGCGUGAGAAUCCGUGGGUUCGCCGAAGGUAG